CUAGUGAUGAAUUAACUCACUAGUCUUUCUUAGGAUAUGGUUGUGUUACUUGUUUACUUUCCAUGAAGAAUGAGUUAACACUGUGUUUGGAUGCCUAUGAGAGUAGCUUUUUCAUCCUUCACAUGGAAUAUUCUUUGCACAAGAAAUGCAUAAGCAACCAACCACUUUAAUGCUGAUUUAAUUCUUUCACAUGUGGUAACAAGUGACGUUGUUGCUUAAACGUUCUAUUUAGCUACUUUCAAAAGCAACCACCCUCAUAAAAGUUGCUCUUAUUAGAUUCUUUCAUAAUCACUUCUCCCUUAAAUGUCUAGAUUUAAUUUCCAAACACAUACUCUAAUACCAAUUGAUAACUCUUUGGCAAGUGCAUCAAAUUGCCGUCUUGUAGUAAAAAGAUGGCAUCCACUAAGUCUAGAAUAGUGUGUUAAGCACCUAUUAAAUUAGUCAAAUAUAUAUUGUUUAAAUUGAUUGGAAAGUUGCUUUUUAGUAACGUUUUGUGACAAAAAAAAUUGUAAUAAACGAAAUGCGGUUAAAUUUGACAGGUAAAUGAGAGAAAAACCGUGCUAGAGCUAUAAUUUCAUUAAAUCAAAAAUAUGUUCUUUUGUGGGGGUUUAUUUUAUUAGCGGCGAAUUUUAAUGCCACAAAUUAUUUAUUCUUGCUUUUAGUGGCGCUGGAAACCGUUGCAAAAUGAAUCGAUGACUAAUUUCGCCCCUUUCAUCAAUGUUAGGGACCAAAAGCUAUGACAUUUUUUUAGAGGGAUCAAAUCCAAUUAACUCCUAUUUUAUAGGACUAAAAAUAUAUUUAACCAUUUUAUUAUUGUUAUUAUUAUUAUUAUUUUCUUUCAAGUAUGGUUUUCAGUUUGGAUUUGCCAAUUUUGGCUAUAGAAUUGAAAAAUCAAGAGAGAGAUAUGGGUUGCAAACAUUCAAUUCCAUAAGAUUUUCCACUAUAUUCGGUCUACAAUACCUUUCUCUUGCUUCUUGUGUACGUGGUGUUGGACCAUGCACUUGAUUGGAGAGUUGUUAUCUGAAUCCAUAUUUAAACAUUUUUAUUUUCUGUUCUUCCCUUUUUCUUUUUCAUUUUCAUUUUCAUUUUUUGCCAUUGGCUUCUUCUCUUUUCCCCAGAAAAUAUUCUUGUUCUUUUCAUUCUGUUAAGAAAAUUGAGACCUGAGAAUUAGUUGAAGAGACAUGUUGAAUUUGCCAUCAUGCAUGUUUUCCUUAGAACCGAUGUUGAUUUGAGUUAGCUAUAUAUAAGGAUCUUAAGGUGGUCAACACAUUCAGUUUUGCGAAACCAUCACAUUACACAUGAUAAGAUGCAUCUAUGAUUUAUUUUUGGUUCCUACGUGCAUUUUUGGAAAUCUUUCUACAGUCUAAAGACAAAAUCAAUCCUCAGAAGAAGCUUAUGUGGGCAGCUUCUGGAUCCCAUCAUUGAUUAAGUAAAAAUAAGUUGAUCCAAACAUGAUAUCUUUAAUUUAGAACUCAUGCAUCUUUAUGAGUUCUCAGAUUGAAAUGGAUGGUCGUGGUGACAUUCCUCCCCAAAGGGAACCAGUUUUCUUACAUGGUGAUUUGGAUAUUUUGAUAAUAGAAGGCAAGUCACUUCCAAAUUUAGAUUUAUCUACUGAAGCAGUUAGAAAAUGCAUCACUAUGGGAAACAUGUGCACACCUCCAUUUGUAAAGGGACUCAAGACCCCUUCAGGAAAAGACAAGAUCAUAACCAGUGAUCCUUAUGUCUCUGUCUGCAUAGCAGGAGCAACCAUAGCUCAAACCAGAGUGAUUUCUAACUGUGAGAACCCUUUAUGGGAUGAGCAUUUUGUUGUUCCUGUUGCUCACCCUGCUCAAAAAGUGGAGUUCCUUGUGAAGGACAAUGAUGUUCUUGGUGCUGAGCUCAUUGGAGUAGUGGAAAUCCCUGUUGACAAAAUUUUGUCAGGAAAUACAGUUAAUGAUUGGUUUCCCAUCAUUGGUCAACAUGGAAAUUGCUUAAGACCUUACCCUGAAUUGCAUAUUUCUGUUCAGUAUAAACCAGUUGGAGUGAUUAGCCAUUCAGAAAAUGAGGAUGGCAUAACUAAUGUAGGAGUUCCUAAAACAUAUUUCCCUCUUAGGAAAGGAGGGAAUGUGACUUUAUAUCAAGAUGCACAUGUACCUGAUGGCAUGCUACCUGAAAUUCAACUAGAAGGAGGAAAAGUGUAUCAGCAAAAUAAGUGUUGGGAAGAUAUGUGUCAUGCAAUGUUGGAAGCUCACCACCUGAUAUAUAUUGUAGGAUGGUCUGUUUAUCACCCAGUGAAGCUUGUUAGAGAGCCAACAAAACCACUGCCUUCUGCUGGGGAGCUUUCAAUUGGAGAGCUGUUGAAAUACAAAUCACAAGAAGGACUCAGAGUGGUCAUGCUGAUUUGGGAUGAUAAAACUUCACAUGACAAGUUUCUUUUGAAAACAGAAGGUGUCAUGCAGACUCAUGAUGAAGAAACUAAGAAGUUUUUUAAGAAUUCCACUGUUCAUUGUGUACUAUCUCCACGUUAUGCAAGCAAUAAGCUCAGUAUUUUCAAACAACAGGUUGUAGGAACCCUCUUUACGCAUCACCAGAAAUGUGUGCUUGUAGACACUCAAGCUUCUGGGAAUAAUCGGAAAAUAACUGCUUUCAUUGGUGGUCUUGAUCUGUGUGAUGGUAGAUAUGAUACACCUGAACAUCGACUUUUUAGUGAUCUAGAUUCAGUUUUUCAUAAAGACUUUCAUAAUCCUACGUUUCAGAUGAAUUCGGGUGGACCAAGGCAGCCAUGGCAUGACUUACAUUGCAAAGUUGAAGGUCCAGCUGCAUAUGAUAUAUUAACCAAUUUUGAACAAAGAUGGAGGAAGGCGAAAAAAUGGCGCGACUUCAGGCUAAAAAAAGUGACAAAUUGGCAUGACGAUGCUUUGCUAAAGAUAGAUCGGAUUUCAUGGAUUCUCAGUCCAUCUUGCGGUCCCAAUGGUGAAAAUAAUGUUCAUGUAACUGAAGAAAAUGAUCCUGAGACUUGGAAUGUGCAGGUAUUUCGGUCCAUAGAUUCAGGAUCUGUGAAAGGAUUUCCAAAGGAUAUUGACAAAGCUAAGGAUCAGAACCUUUUAUGUGGAAAAAAUUUGAAAGUUGACCAAAGCAUCCACAUUGCUUAUGUAAAAGCAAUAAGAUCAGCUCAGCACUUCAUAUAUAUUGAGAAUCAAUAUUUUCUGGGCUCCUCAUAUCAUUGGCCUUCAUAUAAAAAUGCAGGUGCAAAUCACUUGAUUCCCAUGGAGUUGGCCUUAAAAAUUGCAAGCAAGAUCAGUGCACAUGAACGUUUUUCUGUGUAUAUAGUUAUACCAAUGUGGCCAGAGGGGGUUCCAACUAGUGCUUCUGUUCAAGAAAUAUUGUUCUGGCAGGGACAAACAAUGUCUAUGAUGUACAGGAUUGUUGCAGAUGCUCUUAAAAACGCAGGUCUCUCUAAUCAGUACCAUCCACAAGAUUAUCUCAAUUUUUAUUGUCUUGGAAAGAGAGAACCUCAAUCCCCUGAAAGUCCAUUAACAUCAAAUCAACAAUCUGAAAACCGUGCUUUGGUAUCAGCUAAAAAAUUCAGACGUUUUAUGAUUUAUGUUCAUGCCAAAGGAAUGGUAGUUGAUGAUGAAUAUGUGAUCAUUGGAUCAGCAAAUAUUAACCAGAGAUCAUUGGAUGGGUCAAGGGACACAGAAAUAGCUAUGGGUGCUUAUCAACCAAAAUAUACAUGGACAGAAAAGAAAUCUCAUCCAUAUGGCCAGGUGUAUGGUUACCGAAUGUCACUGUGGGCUGAGCACAUUGGUAGUCUUGAUGAUACUUUUGCAGAACCUCACAACUUGGAAUGUGUUAGACAUGUCAACAACAUUGCUAGACAAAAUUGGCGCACAUAUGUGUCUGAAGAAGGAACCCAUAUGAGAGGACACUUGAUGCAGUAUCCAGUUAAUAUCAGCAGUGAUGGAAAAGUCAGUGCCCUGAGUGGUCAUGAAUCUUUUCCUGAUGUAGGUGGCAAAAUACUUGGAUCACAUAAUUCACUUCCAGAUGCACUAACCACAUGAUGAGUCAAUUUAUACUCUUGAAAUUAUCUUUAGAAACAUAAUAUUGUAACAUUUUAUAGUCCUGAUGAUGUAGCUAAAGGAUUAAUUUGAUUAUAUAUUCUAAUGUAGCUAGAGAUUCUCCUUUAUUUCCUA